GGUCAAAAAAGUUUAUUUUGUUUAUAAUAAAAUAGUAGUACUAAAAAAGGAUGAAUGGCGUAACGCAAUCCCACACGUCGAGAGUGUAAUAAAAAGCAAAGACAUUUCUUCUCCUCUCUACGCAAAUCAUAUCAAUCAAUCAAAUAUCUCUUGAAUCUGCGUUAGCAAGCAACCACCCACCUCUCUUCCCGGCGACGACGAAGAUCAACAACAUCCAUGGCGAUAAGGUCAGUAAAAGUUGGCAAUCUCUCCUCAGGAGCAACAGAGCACAACAUCAAAGAGUUCUUCUCUUUUUCUGGUGAAGUUGAAAACAUUGACAUCCAAGGCAGUGGCGAGCAUAGUGCUUAUGUCACAUUCAAAGAUCCUCAAGGAGCUGAGACCGCUGUGCUCUUAUCAGGUGCAAGUAUUGCCGAUCAAUCAGUGACCAUUGAGUUGGCUCCUAACUACACCCCACCUGCUGCCCCUCAUGCUGAAACACAGAGCGGUGGCGGAGGCGCCGCAGAAGGCGUUGUCCAGAAGGCAGAAGAUGUUGUGAGCAGCAUGUUAGCAAAGGGUUUCAUCCUCGGGAAAGACGCUGUUGGCAAAGCAAAAGCUUUCGAUGAGAAACUCGGUUUCACUUCAACCGCAACCGCAGGAGUUGCUUCCAUAGACCAAAAGAUCGGUCUAAGCCAAAAAUUCACAGCUGGUACAACCUUGGUGAACGACAAGAUCAAAGAGGUGGACCAAAGCCUCCAUGUUUCAGAGAGGACCAAGUCUGCAUAUGCUUCGGCUGAACAGACAGUGAGCAGCGCAGGAAACGCCGUUAUGAAAAACCGUUAUGUGCUAACCGGUGUGAGCUGGGCCGCAGGAGCGUUCAGCAGAGUUGCUAAAGCUGCUGGAGAGGUUAGUCAGAAAACAAAAGAAAAGGUUGAAGCUGAGCACCCGCCACAACCGUCACAGUCUCAGGAGCAAUUACCUGAAGGGUAUGCUCCCAUUCAUUCGUCUGAAUACUCCAAGAAAUAAAUCUCUUUCUUGUUGGUUUCUUUGGUAUGUUAUAACAUAAAAAGCUAAGCUUGGAACUUGUCUAUAUAUAUAUUCAAUAAUCUAAACAGUUAUACAUAGAAAUAAAUGUAAAGACAGAAAUCAAAUUAACCCGUUCAGACCAGUUUCAAUCA